UCAGGUUCGACUUUUACAGUCAAUAAUUUUGCAUACGCGAGUGCGCUUGUACGUAAAUCGAUGGAAAAUGAGGCCUAAGUUAUAUUUUUAAUCUUUUAAUAUACCUACAUUUGACGGAAGUGUUUUUCGAGAAUCGUAAAAAAGAAUCAACGAAAGAUGCAGAAUAUUCGUAAGAUGAUUACAAUCUCCUUGAGCAUCAUGGUUCUACUCUGCAACGUGCCUUUGUCGCAAGCCAUCGACUGUUUCAAAUGCGUUUCAAUGAACGGGAAAUUCCCGCCAUGCGACGAUCCCUUCCACAACAAUCAUUCGCUGCAAAUGCUGGAGGCGUCCUGCAUGGGGGGCAGGAAGGGGAGGGACGGCCUGUUCCCUGCAACUUCGUGCAUUAAAAUAGCCGGUGUCUUCGAUGACACAGGCGAAACCAUAACAGUGCGAGGUUGUGGUUUAGACUCUGGUACGGCCACUACUGACACUGAAAUCAUAAGGAUGUCUCAUUGCGGAAGAUUCUAUUACAAUAACAGAUACGUCCACGGCUGUCUUCAGAGCUGCAACGACGCUGACGCCUGCAACUCGGCGAAGGAAUAUGGACCUUAUGUGACAGUCUUGUCGCUCAUUUACCUCGCGCUCAUAAUGUUCAUGAGCUAACAGACGUACGUUAAGGCAAAAAGUUUGUCGCUUAAGCCCAAUUUCAGAUGUAGCGCUACGUUUAUAACGUUUUGCAUUUAUCGAAUCUGGAGCGCGAAUCGUUAAUUGGGGCGGCGGCCAUUUUGUCUAAUCACACAUACGUAUUACGUGUUCGAAAUCUCGUUAAUACAGACGUAAUGUUCUGUAGAGAUAUUCGCAAGUUUUAAAAAUAUAUUUAAACGUAGCCUAAAACCAUCACGAAUUAGUUAUAAGAUUUCAAAACUUAAUAUUUAGCUUAAUGUACUGUUACGCGCUGGGAUUCGGGAUAAAUAAAAUUCUACCGAAUUACAAGUCAACACUGUAUUCAACACUUAGAACACUUAAAGUUCGCUUCUUCC